CCCGACCACAUCCACUUUCACAUGGAGCCUCUUUCAUCUCGCCAUUGCCUCGUUGUUUCUCCCAGUUCUCCCAAUCUAUUUACUACUCAUAGUUCCUUCUUUCAAUGGGUGACCACUGUCCUUCAACAACUUCAUAACACUCAUAUACAAUAUGGCGGUGCAAAUGCAACCCGCUAGUGGCAAUACUAGCUCCGAUAGCGAAGAAUUGUCUUUCCGCGAUCCCACUCGCGAAGAUGAAGCCCAUGAUAUGGUUGGCAUCAGUAUCAGUCGAACCCAGAGCCGCAUGAAGGCCCGUCGCACUCCAGCUGCCGAGAAAAGCCGCCUGAUGGAUCAACAUGGCGGGUUCUUUGAUGCCAUUCCCGACUCUCCCGAAUCCGACAAUGGUCUCUUUGCCAGCCAACUCACACAAGAACCCGAACAGAUUCAGCAGCCCUCGCAACCGCCUCCUUCGCGAGGCGCUAGGGAGAAGCUGAAGGAUCAUCGGUCCAGCUUCACCCGCUCUCUCCUCAAGACCAGUCUGCCACUGCGCCCUCGUGCCUGGUCUGGCGACUCCAUCACCAACCUUCGUCUGAAGAAGUUUCUGCCGGACUCGUGGACGAAGCGCAUCGCUAGCCAGCCCUCUCCACGCACCGUCAAACCCGCUGCAGAGCCGGCCCACCGACGAUCUAUGACUGAGGAUUCCACGGACGAACCCAUCUCCGAUCUCAGGCCUCUAGCGGGGGCCACCGCUGCCCGCCAUUCCUAUGCCCGCCGGCCUAGCGCCGGCGUUUCCAGCAAAACGCCGCCGUUGCUGCGGCGCUCAUCUUCUGAUCAAUCGCUUUAUUUGCGACGCUCCUCCACAGCCUCUUCGCUCGAGCAGCGUCCCCGCUAUGAGCAUAUCCAUUCCCAGGUGAAUAGCCGCUUCAAGGCGAUCAAGGACAGUCUGCAGGACUCCAGCAGUCGGCUUUUAAGCAUGCCUACCCUGCACCUGCAGGAUCUCCGCAGCGACUGGGGCUAUCGGCCCUUUCUGUCUGAGGUCAAUCCUCGAAAGAUCCACGAGGAGAAACAGAUCGCGCCGCUUGAACGGCCGCCGGCUGACCCGAUGGGACCGUCGUCGCUGCCACCACCACCACCACGCACGCGGUCCCCGCGAUCCAGCUCUAGUGCCCAGCACCCUCGCCUGUCUGAUGCUAUGGAGGAUUUGACAGGCGACGUAGUCAUCCUAGGCGGCUACCGCGGCUCGGUUCUACGAUCUGCCAAACCUCCACAACGCCAGUUGUGGGUACCAAUGAAGGUCGGGUUGAAUCUGCGCAAGGUCGACCUCGAAGUGGGCUUGAACCCCGAGGACGAGGAACGGAUGGAGGAGACUAUUAUUCCUUCUGGGGUCCUGUCGCACGUUGGGCCUGUAGACAUCUGCCGCCGCCUGAUGAAACGGCUGCGGAAGUGCCCUAAUGCGACGCGCGGAGAUCUGCGUGUGUGGGAUUAUGGUUAUGACUGGCGCCUGAGCCCCCAUCUUUUGGCUAAGCGCCUAAUCAAAUUCUUGGAAGGCCUUCCCAGUAAUGAUCCGGAUACACCCCGUCACAAGCGCGGAGCAUACGUGAUUGCGCACAGUCUCGGAGGAUUAAUCACCAGACAUGCCGUCAACCAGCGCCCAGAUCUGUUCGCGGGUGUUUUAUAUGCCGGUGUUCCGCAGCACUGCGUCAACAUCCUCGGGCCGUUGCGCAACGGUGACGAUGUGCUGCUGAGUUCCCGUGUCCUCACAGCCCAGGUGAACUUCACCUUUCGCACCAGUUUUGCCCUGUUGCCCGAAGAUGGGCACUGCUUUAUCGACCAGCGCACCAAAGAAGAGUAUCGGGUUGACUUCUUCGAUGUGCAGAGCUGGGAUGAGUAUCGACUAUCACCGUGCAUCAACCCAGCCCUGCCGGUUGGUAGUCCCAGCCGGGGCUUCGUCAAGGACAACCUGCCUCUGAUCAGCAAACGUCUCUCGACAGUGCUGAGCAGCAAGGACAGUCUCCCGAGCAGCGGAUCAGCCUCUUCGUCCGACGGCGGCGAAGCGUCCAACUCCAACAAGCCCGCCCCUAAUCAAAGUGCCAACCCACCCACCGCAGCCGCAAUGAAACCCGCUCCCGUGGCACCCCCAGCCGUGGAAGGGGCCAUUGGUCCCAGCUCCAGCCUGCGCGGCUCGAGCAACACCAAGGUCACGACGGCUGUGACCAUUCCCCGCGCCACCGCCAUCACUUACCUAGAGCGCACCCUGGCCGAGGUGCGACGCUUCAAAGAAGAGUUGGUCUUUGACGCAGCGCAUCAAGCGAACAAUCGAUACCCCCCGUUCGCCGUGCUGUACGGAAAGUCCGUGCCUACCGUCUACGGAGCGCGCGUGGCCUCCCGAGAAAGUAUCAAGCAGCAGGAUGCAUACGAUGAUCUAGCCUUUGCCGCGGGAGAUGGUGUAUGUCUGGCGUCGGCGGCCAUGCUACCCCCGGGGUACCGUAUUAUCAAGGGCGGGCUUGUCAGAAGCGAUCGAGGCCAUGUAGGCCUUUUGGGCGACCUGGAGGGUGUGGGUAAAUGCCUGCAGGCAUUGAUCCGGGGCCGCCGCGAGGGAGUGGGACUGGGGCAGUCUGCUCCUUCUUGAAUUUUUUUUUUUUGGUUUUUGGUUUGUCUCUCUGCA